GAACCCUAGCAGUUUCACUCUCUGGCGCGUAAUAAUCUGCUAUCCAGAAGCUUCGUUAAACCCCUUUUUCUAAAACCCUAUUGAAACUCUGAAUCCGCCAAUCUCUAGUUAGCCUCUCAGUCUCUCGACUGCUUUUGCAUUUGUAGACAAACAAUUCAUCAAUAAGACUCUAAAUAAUGCACAGGGUGGUCUCAAGGCGUGCUGUCUCCGUUAUCCUGCGGAACGGCGGCGUACGCCACCGCAAUUCAGCCGUCCCGCUCUCUUCUUCCAAUACUUUCCAUCAAUCGGCUGAUGAGGGUAAUAAAGAAAAGAAAUGGUACUCAGUGUUAGCUGCUGGCAGCAGCAAUGCUACUAUUAAGCCGUUUAACGUAAGGAACGUGCCUGUUGUGGGUUCCCGGCUUGAGUCGACGUCUGCUGCACAUGAUGCGCCAGGCCUUCCAGCUGAAAAAUAUGAGUACCAAGCCGAGGUAAACCCCCCCUUUUUUAGCUUAAUUUUGUAG